AUGGAGCGUCAGGCCGCGGGUCACCCAGCUGGCUUCGCACCCGGGCCGCUCUCUCUGUCGGCGGGCCUGGUCCCUCUCGGCCGCCUCCUCCUCCUCCUCCUCCUCCUCCUCCAAGGGAAAGAGCCGGAGAAGAGCCCUGCUGGAUCAGACCGGCAUCCAUUCUCGGGGCGUGAGUUACCCAUCUCCAAUGGUUCUGGUUUUGUGGUGUCUGCAGAUGGCCUCAUUGUGACGAAUGCCCACGUUGUGGCAAACCGCAGGCGGGUGAGGGUGCGGCUGGCCAGCGGGGAGCUCUACAAUGCAGUCGUGCGGCAGGUAGACCCGGUCGCGGACAUCGCCACCAUCAAGAUCGACCCCAAGCACCCCCUGCCCACCUUGCCCUUGGGCCGCUCAUCAGAGGUGCGCCAGGGUGAGUUUGUGGUGGCCAUGGGCAGCCCUUUUGCCCUCCAGAACACCGUCACGUCCGGCAUCGUCAGCUCGGUCCAGCGAGGAGGGCGAGAACUGGGCCUGGCCGCUUCGGACAUGGAGUACAUCCAGACAGACGCUGCCAUCGACUUUGGGAACUCUGGUGGCCCGCUGGUCAACCUGGACGGGGAGGUGAUUGGCUCCUGGUUCGGCCGCACGGAGGGGAAGCGUCGCUACAUUGGCGUGAUGAUGCUGACCCUGACCCCCAGCAUCCUGUCUGAGCUGAAGCUGCGGGACCCGGCCUUCCCUGACGUGCCUCAUGGGGUCCUCAUCCACAAGGUGAUCCUUGGCUCUCCAGCUCACCAAGCAGGACUCGAGGCGGGGGACGUGCUGGUGGAGAUCAACGGGCAGCCCUCGCAGCGGGCGGAAGACGUCUACAAGGCAGUGCGGACGCAGCCCCACCUGGCCCUGCUGGUGCGGCGGGGCUCCGAGUCCUUGCGUCUGACCAUCACCCCGGAGGUCACAGACUAGGGUGGGAGGCAAACUUCAGCUUGCCCAGGCGCCACGGAGUCUGUCUCGAGCACAGGGACGGCGAGGGGGCCUCCCUCUCUUUGCCCCCCCCCCUCGGAAGAGGAGGCUGUCGCCCUCUCGGAGUCCUCUGUGCAUUUGGGCCUGGGCAGGGUAUCCGGCCCUUCCCCCCCCCACCCCCGGGGGUCCUCUGUGACAGAGUCUCGGAAGGGUGCCUGGCAUUGGUCUCUGCAGAGUCAGAGCCGACAAGAGCAGGGGGGGGGGACUGCUCUGAAAGGGGGGGGGUCAGUGCUGGGGGUGGUGCGCCCUGCCUGCACCUGGGUGGCUUUCAACUGCCUGAUGGAAGAGGAGAGCCCAGAGCCGCAGCUGUCUGGCCCGAGCAGCAGGAGGAGCUAACAGGGCGGGGGGG